AUGUCGGAAAAUGACGAUGACGUCAGCGCGUCCGAAGAUCCGUGCAUUCAGUUUGACACCUCGGAGGUUGAAGAAGAGCCCCGCAGAUUCACCCAGAGACGGGAGACGCGAACGCUCAGCACUCGAACGGAUAUCACAGUGAGACGCAAGCUUGAGCAAUGGAAUGCGACAAGGCAAAUACUCUCCUUGUGGCACUCCUACCUGUUGCUGAUCGCUGCUUGUGCAAUUGCUUGCUCUGUAUUGGUAGUCAUACUUUUUUGGCACGUGGACUGGUACCGGACAUACAGAGAAACAACCGACGCGUUGGAUUUCCAGCUACACUUCCUGGCCACGUUCAUCAAAAGCUGGCUGCUGGUAAACCUUGGUAGCGAGAUCUUGCGAUUCUGUUUCCUGUUGGCAGUGGACAGCUGGCGUCAUGAUGCUUUUGAAGCAUACCGGCGCUCAUUGUGUUUUUCGUCCUUUGCAGAAAUCUCUGCUGGAACAUUUUAUGUUUGUGGCUGGCCACAGCCGCUGGGACAUUGCCGCAAGUAUGCAGACGUGGUUUUCCAACUGCUGAUUUACGGUACCCUUGACGUGCUGCCCAUCGUCAUGCUUGUGCUCAACAUAGUGACUUGGAGGAUUCACUACAUGUUGGCCAGCUCGGUGUUAGUUCUUGCCUGUUUACAUGUGGUGCUCUUUCUGAUGGCCUGGACGAUGGGCAAUGUGUCCCUCAAGGCCAAAGCAUUUUUGGCUGCGUGGAACAGCAACAUCCUCCGGGUCUCCCGGCUGGGGACUGGUACUCGCAUCUUGCCCAUUGGACGCUUAUCGCGUGAGACCACGCCGGCAUCCAUGCUGCCAGACCAUGAAAUUGAAAGCACCGUCGUGGCCGAAGAUUUCGGAUCUGAUUCCAGCGACGAAGAAGAGAGCAGUGACGAGGACACGGGGCAGUUGCCGAACCAGAGCUUGGAGAACCACGGUCACGUUCUGGUCAACGAGCAUUUGGUAAAGAAAGCGGAGCAGCUUGCAGCCUGGAGCGGCGACAAGCCGGUUGAUGUUUGCGUGCCUUGUUGCACCGCUUACCAUUUCAUUUGCAACGUGAUGCCCCUGCUGCUGGCCCUGGCGGCGACUCUCUAUGGCUUGGUUACCAGCAAAGCCGCUGUCGUUGUGAUCGGCGCCCAAGUGACCGCCAUGAUUAUCACCCUCACGCACAUAGGCAAGCCAGUGAUCCGCUCGAGAUGGUCACAAGAGGCUCGCCUCCGACAUUUGGAGGAGUGGGGGGAGAUGUUCUGCGGGCUGAAGUACAUGUCCCAGCUGAAGGCACGAGCGCCUUUGUGCCUGAUGGUCUUCUUCAUGGGCGUUCUAGCUGGAUCUUUGGAAUGGUGGUAUUCCAUGUGGUGCUGCUCAUUGAUCCUUCUGGCAUGCUUCACGGCCCAGCUUGCGGUACUCUUCCUCAAACCCUGGACCUGGCUGGGUGGAAUUCUGGAGAGCUUCAGUUUGACCUUGUUUUGUUUGCUUGUCUUGUGGCACAACCCGUUGCUGAAUCCGUGGCAAGAUAGCCUUCUUCUGGGAAUCCUCCUCAUUCCGCGCGAGUUUGGCUUGCAGAAGCGGUUGGCAGCAGGAGAGCGGAUACGGUCCUUGGCGCUGUUUGGAUUAGGAAGCUUCCAGUUUGCCUUGAUCUGUGUCAUUUGCAACUGCAUGGCUGUGGAGCGGAAAUCCGCCACGGAUUCUAUGUUCUGCUUGAUGGGUGACCCGAAGUGCGUUUACUAUGCCGUCGACUACCGCGGUGCUUUGGGCGGCCGGUGGCCUCUUUGUCAGAUGGAUUUUCCAAUCCACAAUGGAGCAACGCUCUCAUUAGCCGACUUCGGUUUGAUGUCUGCCUUCACCUACGAACCCGCAAACGAUGUGCAGAACUUGCUGAGCCAAUACUUCCCUGGCUGGCGCGUCGCCUACGCUCACCUUCCGCUGGUAUUGAGGAAGGGGCAACAAGAUGUCCCGGAUGUCACCACAUUCUUCGAAUUUGCUUCUGCGGACAAUAGCACCGCAGUUUUCGCCGUGCGCGGCACGACUGAUUUCUUCGAUGCAUUACAAGAUAUGGAUCUCUGGCUGCCAGUGUUCAUGAUGUAUAUUUUCGAAAAUAUGGGCCCCAACGUUGUGAAGUUUUGGGGCCCUUCAAUUGCCUGGAUUUGUCGUCGCGUCUACAUGCUGCAGGAUGCCAGGUUCACCCUGACCUUUAUGCACCUGCUCGAUGAGGUGAAAGCGCGAAUGAAAAGUCACCCGGACCGGAAUUUCUACAUCACUGGGCACUCUUUGGGCGGCGGCAUCGCAAAGCUCGUUGCUGCCGAAGUUCAGCGAGAAGAGCUGCAACAUGCAGGUCGGCAUGUGGAAAUGACUGCCGUGGCGUUCGCAGCACCAGGUAUUGGGGUGGCUGAAGCCCUGCUGUUCGGCGAGGACAAGCUGUCGACGAAUCGCUACACCUCCGUCACG